CAGCAACCGCAUUGCAACAAAGUUUUCAAGAACGCGAGAGUAUGGAGAGCGCGCCGAGCUUCAAUUCGUACUUGAUUCAUUAACUUGGUUGUUUUUUUGCCCCUCCUCCACCGUUUUGUAUGACUUUGGCUGUUUAGCUAGGCUGGUAUAAAAAAGCUGUCGUUUCACGAAAUAACUGAAAGUUAUUGCAGAAUGUAAAUAUCGAGCUCUUUUUCUACCAGCUACGUAGAGCCCCACGUAACGACAGUUGACCAGUUAGCCGGCGUUAGCCAUCCAGGUUGCUAAUCUUCCAGAUAGCUUGGUGGUUUAGCCAAGUGGCCGAUCGGCUGCGGUUAAUUUUUACGUUUGCAUCCAGUGUUUAGUAAGGGUUCGGUAGUUUUUUUCGAUAAAUUAUCCGUAUAUAGCUGACGCUUACAAAUGCAACCUUGUUGCUCUGCUAUAAGUGGAAAGCAGUAGGCAGAGCUCGCUAGCGCAGUAUUCUAACCCUAAGUAUUUCUUCAGAAUCGCUAAUCGGCGAAUAUUUUACUGUAGCUGUCUAGAAGUGAGCCUGGUAGCUAACUACAUAUUAGCCUUGACCGUUUGGCGAGAAUAAUAAAGAGAAGGAACCACCACAGUAAGUCAAGUCGCUGUGAAGCACGGUUUGCUACCGACGCCCAGUGUUUUUGUGGCUGUUAUGUCGCCGACUAACGACGUUGGGCUUGUCUGCUAACUACCUUCACUUUUGUAUGAUAAUGUCCGCCUGAGCGCCGGCCUUUGUCAGAUUAUAACCGCGACAUUGACUCACUGUCUGUUUUUUGGACUGUCGGACUUUGCCGGAAGGCGAUCAAAGCAUCUGCUGCCCCAUUCACUAGCAGAAGCGGCGGUGUUUUGUUGCAUCUCUAGCCGUAAGGGAGGGGAGAGCGAGUAGCCCGGCGUGUCGGUGGCAGACAUGCACAGGAGGCGUGCGGGGCCUCAUAAGUCUGUUUUCUCUCAUUCCCAAACUCCGAGGCUGUCGUAUGGUCACAGCUCCAGGAUGAACGUGGCGAAAAGCGGCUACCCUGUCUUUUCGGCCAACUCGACGACGGCCUGCACGGAGCUGGCCAAGAAAAUCACCGAGCGUCUUGGUGUAGAAUUGGGGAAGUCUGUUGUCUAUCAGGAAUCCAACAGAGAAACCAGAGUAGAUGUGAAAGAAUCUGUUCGUGGACAAGAUAUCUUCAUCAUCCAGACCAUCCCCAGGGAUGUUAACACUGCUAUUAUGGAGCUUCUGGUAAUGGCCUACGCCCUCAAGACCUCCUGUGCAAAGAAUAUUAUUGGGGUCAUUCCCUAUUUCCCGUAUAGUAAGCAGUGUAAAAUGAGGAAGAGGGGCUCUAUAGUUUGCAAGCUGUUGGCCUCAAUGCUAGCCAAAGCAGGUUUAACUCAUAUCAUCACAAUGGAUUUGCACCAGAAGGAGAUCCAGGGAUUCUUUAGUUUUCCGGUGGAUAAUCUACGAGCCUCCCCUUUCCUGCUGCAGUACAUCCAGGAGGAGAUUCCAGAUUACCGAAACGCCAUUAUAGUUGCCAAGUCCCCAUCGGCUGCUAAGAGGGCCCAGUCCUAUGCAGAGAGAUUGCGACUCGGUUUGGCUGUGAUGCACGGGGAGGCCCAGUGCUCAGAGUCAGACAUGGCUGACGGCCGGCAUUCCCCGCCCUCUGUCCGCAACACGACAGGGCAUCCAGGGCUGGAGCUGCCAUGGAAGCACCAAGCUCCGUUUCCAGGCAUUGAGCUCCCAAUAAUGAUGGCUAAGGAAAAACCACCGAUCACGGUCGUAGGCGAUGUAGGCGGGAGGAUUGCCAUCAUAGUCGAUGACAUCAUAGACGAUGUCGAAGACUUUGUAGCGGCGGCUGAGAUCCUGAAGGAGAGGGGUGCUUACAAGAUCUACAUCAUGGCCACUCAUGGCCUGCUGUCUGCUGAUGCCCCCCGACUGAUAGAGGAAUCUGCUAUUGAUGAGGUGGUCGUGACCAACACUGUCCCACAUGAAGUGCAGAAACUGCAGUGCCCUAAGAUCAAGACUGUGGACGUCAGCAUGAUCCUGGCAGAGGCCAUCCGUCGCAUCCACAACGGAGAGUCCAUGGCUUACCUCUUCCGGAACAUCACCGUGGAUGACUAAGGGGCCAGCUGAGCCCUGAUGAGGGACCCCCCACCCAAGUAGAAAUCAAUAAAAACAAAAAUAAAUUUAAGCAGGGGGUCCUGGUGAAGGAGGGCCUGCAAACGUUGUUGCAGUUUAAUAAUAAGCGUGUGUCCCUUCUGUUUGACCUGUCUGAGCUGCCUUUACGGACGUGCGGUUUCACUUUGUAAUAUGACUCGGGUGCAUUUCGCCCCUUAGAUGGAGUCUCUGCAUUUGCAUACUUUAAUGCUCCACAUCAGUAUUUGACAGAAAGCCCUCCUUGCAGUCUUCUCUCCCCCAUCUGUACAUUCACUUGGGAGGAGGUCGCAGUUUAAAAUGCAUGACAUUUAUAGGACAAAUUUGAGAUGCUCAGCUCUGAAUUGUAAAAGUACAAAGCCUUGUGUUGUGUCAAUUCACUUUGGUACUGAUGCAUUCAGUCUCGGUAAUCAUUAGUACAGGACAAGCUGUGGGCUUCGUCCAGAAAAACUUUGUCAUCUUUAGUAUACAAGUACAUUCCAUUCCUCUCUCUUUGGGUACAAAGUAUAUUUUCUUAUAUUCAGCAGGUCUCAUUUAGUAAAAAUUAACCAUAAUAUGCAAUAUAAAGCCUCUAGCCCCUCUAUCUGCAUGCCCAGAUUUUACCACUAAUGUUCUGUAGUUAAACCACAACAGAACAGAGCUCCACUUAAAGGAUUUAUGUCUGCAGGGUCAGUCUGUACAGUACAUUGUCCUGUUGUCUGAAUUUCGAAGGCCUCCCUUUUCACUGUGACAGUACUUGAUUAUUUCUUGCCCUUAUUUAAUGGGCUUUUGCUGGUUUGCCAGCCCAACUAUGAAAACCACAUUUUUAAAGAUGCUUCUUCAGUGGAGUUUUCAGUGAUCAAGAACAACUGUUUUUGUUCAAAGGGAAAAAAAAAACCCAUUUUACCCACACUGUAACCUUGCACACUUUAGUGUUUACUGCAGCCAUGCUGUGAUGGAUAAAAUGCUUUUGAACAAAAGUAAAAAUGUCUUCAGCUAUGUUUAUGUCGUGAUUGGGAUUAAAACUCUAGCAAAAGUUUUUGUAAACUUGGUCCUUCUCACUCUUAUUUGAAGUCUGUUUGGAACUACUUGAAAUGUGUGUGUACAUAACGUUCACUGCAAGCUUCUAAUGGACUUCAUGUCAGGCUGCUGUUCACAUUUUUCUGUCCUUGUCCUGUGAAGUUUUUUUUUUUUUAAUGAUUAAGUUUACAACUGAAGGGAUCUUCAUUGUCAGCCUUUAUGAGAGAGGAUUGUGAUAAGGUCAUAAUACUCUUUUGGAAGUUUUGAUUCAUGCCGGUUUGUUGCUGGUGUCUGUUAUCAACAGUAAGAGGGGCCUGAAAUUGCAGCGCUAUAAUUUGUGACCUUGGUGCCUCUGACUGUUAUUGAAUAGAACAAUGUUUACUUUUGUCUGAUAAGUUCCUUCCCCAGUACAUAAAAUGCGCCAACGUUAAUGAUCUUCCUUCUAUGGCUGUGACUUGCAUUCAGAGUUCAAUAUGUAAAUUCCACAUACAGGUUUGUUUUAUGAAUGCGGGCACUUGUUCUUGAUGUUAUGCAGGAGAGAAAUCGCUAAUCUGUUCUCUUGUGUAAUGGGCAGAAUAACGGGGUAUAUAUAGGUUUUUUUUUAACUACACUAGCUUUUAAACUUAAGGUCAUCCAAAUGCACGUUUGUCAAACAUUGAGAUGAUUUCCGUUGUCAUAUUUUUAUGGCACUGAAAUAAAUCUAAUACAGCA